AUGGCGCCUGAAUCCGCUGCUGCAGUGGCCGGCCGUGCCCGCAUGCGCGCUGAAGAAACCGAACAAGAGCGAAUCACCAGAGAAAAAUCAAACUUCGCCGCCUUUGAAGCAGACAUGCCUAAGCUCGCCAACCGUUUCAGCUUCUCCCUCAAGGACAACCUCUCCUCCUACCUUGGCCGCAAGAACCCCUUCUACUCCCCAGUCAAUUCAAAAACCGACUAUGUCUGGAUCCUCGACAACACCGCCUACCAGAAUCGCCUCGGAAGGUGGAAGGCCGAGUUUGUCGCCUGCUACUUCGUCAAGGACAGCGGCAAGGACCUCUCCCAGAUAGUCGCUUGGGUCAGCGAGAAGAUUGGCCUUGCAGACGAUGAGCAAGCCAGACGGACUGUCGCCACCAGGCUCCAGCCCUUUGCCGACCAGAUCCUUCCCGCCCACUCGGUCGAGAUUGAUCUCUUGGGUUUGAACGCCAGACUGGGUCCUAGUGGUCGUGAUGGCAUCAGUGUCGACGAGCUGGCCAUUCCCGGUAAUGACUACAAAGACGGCCAAGUCACCAGCUUCAAGGCCGUCGACGCAACUGCAACUCCAUUCAACAUUACCUUUGCCAAGUCCAAGGGCUGGGCAGUCCUCUCUGACAUCGACGACACCAUCAAGAAGACGCUCACACCCUCGCCCACUGGUAUCCUGACUACCACCUUCGCAGAGGAGCCAGAGCCCAUCAAGGGAAUGCCCGAGCUAUACAAGCACAUUGUACAAAAGCUCGACAACCCGCCCUUCUGGUAUCUCUCCGCCUCACCCUACAACCUCUACCCCUUCCUCCGCAAAUUUCGCGACCAGUACUACCCCAACGGCACCAUGAUCCUGCGCGACGCCAGCUGGAUGAACCUCGCGGGCUUCCUCGCAAACCUGACCCAAGGUACCGAAGCCUACAAAGUCGAUCGCAUCGAGAAAGUCUACGGAUGGUUCCCUAAGCGCAGAUUCAUCCUCAUUGGCGAUUCGACACAAACUGACCCGGAGUCGUACGGCGAGGCCUACCGCAAGUUUGGCAGCAAGUGGAUUGGCGCUAUCUACAUUCGCAAGGUGACUGGUGUUGCGGAGAUGGAUGAGGGCUCUAAGAAUAGCCCCGAGCGGUUCGAGAAGGCGUUCAAGGGAGUGCCCAAGGAUCUUUGGUAUGUUUUUGAGAAUCCGCAGGAGUUGUAUGCCAAGAUUGAUGCCCUGCCUGCUAUUAAGUAG